UUGCAGUAAUCAAACACGACAUGAAAGCAGUGGUAUUCAAGGGACCGGGGAAGGUGGUGAUUGAAGAUAGGCCGAUUCCAAAGAUUCAAGAUGCCGGAGAUAUCAUCGUCAAAGUUGAAAAGACGGCAUUGUGCGGCAGUGAACUGCACGUUUUCCGCGGCCAUCAACCAUCUGCUACCGAUUUUGUGAUGGGUCAUGAGUUUACCGGCCACGUUCACGAAGUAGGUUCAUCGAUUAAGACACUCAAAGUCGGGGAUCGUGUUGUUUCGCCAUUUACAACCUCCUGCGGCGAAUGUUUCUACUGUACCCACGGCUUCUCUUCGCGAUGUGUCAAGAGCCAGCUGUUUGGCUGCCCUGCCCUAGAUGGCGGCCAGGCGGAAUAUGUCCGAGUCCCUCUAGCCGACUCGACGGCCGUCAAAGCACCAUCGGGCAUCAAAGACGAGGCCCUAGUUCUUAUGGCAGAUAUAUUUCCAACAGGCAUGUUCGCAGCUAAGAACGGCUUCCAAUACUCCACGCCAGAGGAGAUCAAGGACAGUGUCGUCGUGCUCAUUGGCUGUGGCCCUGUAGCUCUCUGCGCACUUUGCAACAUCACCGACUACAAGCCAAAACAUAUCCUCGCUGUUGACUCUGUUCCCUCUCGCCUGGAACUCGCCAAGUCCCUGGGUGCAGAGCCCUGGAACUUUCAAACUGAUCGCGAGGGCCUGGACAAACGUGUCAAAGAGCUCACAGAGGGUCGCGGUGCAGACAUUAUCAUUGAAGUUGUCGGACUUUCGCCUGCCCUUCGCAUGGGUUAUGAGCUUGUCCGACCUUGGGGUGUCAUCAGCUCUGUUGGUGUGCAUAAUGGCGAGAUACCCUGGACCGGCAAUGAAGCAUACAACAAGAACGUUAGGGUUCAGAUGGGAAGGUGUCCGGUGAGAAGUGUGUUCGAGGAGGCUUUGGAAAGCUUAAAGCGGCAUCAGGAAAAGCUUGGAUUCAUGGCUGACAAGAUCAUGCCAUUAAGCGAAGCCCUUGAAGGCUAUGACUUGUUCGAUAAGAUGAAGGUGCAGAAAGUUGUUUUCGAGGCGCAGAAGUAGGGUUCGUACGUGACAAAAGCAUUGAGCGGUGUUGAGGUAGCAGG